GUCCAGGACUGGCGGGUGGGCCCGGGCGGUAGAUUCCUCUGCCAUGGGUGAUCUGAUCGGUACGAACAGACGGCGGGCAGGAGGAUGCCAUUGCAUUGCCACCUCGGGCGAGUUGGUAGGCACGCCUGUAGCCAUAUAGCCAGCUAAAACCCCAACCCCUGCCCCUCCCCCCCUCUCAUCGCAGCCGCAGAGCAGGAAGGUUCUCGAUCGGAGGAGGGCCAUGGCCAAGAAGAAGAAGCGCGGUGGUGGUGGUGGGGGUGGAGGCGAAGGAGGCGGGGGCCAGCAGGAGGAGAAGCCCGAUGCCGACGCCGGGAGCGGCUGCGAGGGCCAGGCCAAGGAGAAGCCCGCCGACGACAAGGAUAAGGACAAGGGCGGUGGCGGCGGCGGGUGCAAGGACGACAAAGCGGACAAGGACAAGGAGAAGGGGUGCGGCGGCGGGGGAGGCAAGGACGACAAGGGCGGCAAGGACAAGGAGAAGAAGGCGCCGCCCCCGCUCCCCGUGGUCACCGCGGUGCUCAAGGUCGACAUGCACUGCGACGGCUGCGCGCACCGCAUCCGCGCCUCCGUCCGCCGCUUCCCAGGGGUGGAGGGCGUGGCCAUGGAGGUGGACAAGGGGUCCAUGACCAUCGUCGGCCGCUUCGACGCCAAGAAGCUGCGGGACCGCGUCGCCGCCAAGACCAGGAAGAAGGUCGAGCUCGUCGGCGGCAAGGACAACAAGGGCGGCGGCGGCGGGGACAAGGACAAGUGCGCCGACGGUGGCGGGGACAAGAACAAGUGCGCCGACGGCGAGGGCAAGAAGGAGGAGGAGAAGAAGGAGCAGGACGACAAGUGCGGCGGCGGCGGCAAUGCCGGGAAGGGGAAGGGCGGCAAGGACAACAAGAAGCCGGCCGUGCCGGUGAUCGUGACGGUGGUGCUCAAGAUCGGCUCCGCCGGCCUCCACUGCGACGGCUGCAUGCACCGCAUCCGCUGCAAGCUCUUCAAGAUCAAAGGCGUGGAGCAGGUGAAGAUGGACCCGGCCAAGAACCAGGUGACGGUGACGGGCACCAUGGACGCCAAGGCUCUGCCGGAGAAGCUCCGCAAGAAGCUGCGCCGGCCCGUGGAGGUGGUGGCGCCCGGCAAAGGGGACAACAAGGACAAGGAGAAGGAGAAGGACGGGUGCAACAAGGACGGGAAGCAGCAGCAGCAGCAGCAGCAGGGGGGCGACGGGAAGCAGUGCAAGGAGGCGGCGGAGAAGGCGCUGGCGGCGGAGCUGCAGCUGUGGAAGACGGCCUUCUACGACCAGCAGGCGAUGCAGGCCACCGAGUUCCUCCUCAGCGACGAGAACCCCAACGCCUGCGCCGUCAUGUGAGCGACCUUGGCCGGUGCCCGGUGGUGACCGGCGACCGGAAGAUCGGAUGACUGACAGACAGAUAGUAGAUAGAUAGCAAGUAAGUUGGGGAGAAACCUGGAUGUGGUACAGGCUACCGGACAGAUCGACGAAGAAUUCAGUCGUUGGUUCAUUACUCUGUGUUUUUUGGGUGGGAUGGGAGUGCGAUGUGCGUGCAAGUUCUUCUUGCUGGAGUAGAUUCUUGGCCAUGUUUGGCAAUGUGUGUGAUGAUGAUGGGUCGUUGAUGGACCCGUUGCCUGGCUGCCGCAAUCGAUCGAUCGAUUUUGGGGUGAAGUUCUUGUGAUGUGAUGUGAUGGAUGGAUGGAUGGUACUACAUUAUCAUUAUGAUCAA